AUGCUCAACGCCGAGUGGCCAUGGCACCGAUUCGGCGUGACGGGCGUCUACUCCUCUGUGCUCAUGAUGACGGGCCUCUCGAUCAACGUGCUCGGCCCGGUCGGGCCUGUGCUCAUGCGCCACCUCUCCGCCUCGCCGCACAGCAUCGGCUCCAUCUAUUCGGCCGAGGGCCUCGGCAACUUUCUCGGCUCCCUCCUACUCGGCCCGGUGCUCAGCCGGUUGCGGCCGCACGCCGUCCUCGUCGGCGUGAGCGCCCUCGUCUUCCUCUGCCUCGGCGCGGUGCCGUCCUGCUCGGCGCUGCACCAAGUGGCGUCGCUCUACCUGCUCAUCGGCCUCGCCUCGGGACUCGGCAACGCCACUGCCAACACAUCCCUCACCUGGGCCUGGCAUGGCGCCGCGCCGCAGCUCGCCGCCGCCUUCAACCUUGCUGCGUAUCUCUCCUCCCUCUAUUGGUCCGCUUUCGUCGUCGGCCGGCUCAGCGCCACUCCGCUCGCCGCCUACUUCUCCCCGGGCUCCAUCCUCGUCCCCUCCCUCGCCCUCGAGGCGCGACGCACGGUCGGCGCCGGCGUCGGCGUCUCGAUGCUCUUCUCCAACAUCCUCUCGCUGCUCGCCCGGUAUGGCCUCCUCACCACCGCCAUGACGGGCGCGCUCGGCGCCUUCGCCGCCAUCGGACACAUGACCGUCCCGUCGCUCGCCGGCGCUGCCAUCGACAGGCACGGCUACGCCGCCCUCAUGCCGCUGCUCUGCGCGCUCAACGGGGUCGGCCUCGCGCUCCUCACCGCCGCGCGGAGAAUCGCUUCGGAGUGGUCGCCGUCGCCUCGCGGGAACAGCGCGCUCGACGGCGGCUCCUCCUCGGGUGAGGAUUGGGCCGAGGCGGGCCAGGGCGAGCGACAGCGGCUGCUCGGAGGCGCCUCGCGGCGCGGGAGUGCGCCCACAACGGGCACCGUCGUGGUAUGA